AUGGCAAGCCGCCGCACAGCGUCCUCGACGCGCUCCCGCUCGGCAACGGGCAACGCCGGCUCGAUGCCGCCACCGCCCGUCGCCGGUCCCUCCCGCCCACGUUCCGUCGCAGCCCGCGCACCGUCCUCAUCAACCUCGACAUCAACGACCUCUCGCUCGGCCGCACCAACACCCUCAAUCCCAGAUGUCCCCGCCCUCCCCGCCGGCAUCCGCAACACCAAACCUGGCGAAUCAGAGACAAACAUCCAAGUCGUCCUCCGAUGCCGCCGCCGGUCCGAGCGCGAGGUGGCCGACAACAGCCCGAUCAUCGUCAGCAGCGCCGGCGCCAAAUCUGACUGUCUGACGAUCGAGACCGCCGCGCCUAGCAGUACCCUUGGUGUCGUCAGUCUACCGCCGACUAGGACGUACCCGUUCGACAUUGUGUUUGGGCCUGAGGCGGAUCAGGCCAUGGUUUUCGCGGAUGUGGUUCAGCCGAUGUUGGACGAGGUGUUGCAGGGAUACAACUGCACACUAUUUGCUUAUGGACAGACUGGAACCGGAAAGACGCAUACUAUGCAAGGCGACUUGGGAACCACACCGCUCGGCAACCCGACCGCACAAGCCGGGAUGAUCCCCCGCGCGCUCUUCCGCCUCUUCAGCGCCCUCGACUCGUCAAAGUCAGACUACAGCGUCAAAGUCUCAUAUGUUGAGCUCUACAACGAAGAGCUCCGCGACCUCCUCGCACCCGACCUUCCUCCUCCGACCGAAGCCGCACAGCCGAUGUCCAAGGGCGCCGCUGCGUCCAGUUCAUCCAACCCUGCUCCUGUGGAACUCCGUAUAUUCGACGAUGCAGCCAAGAAGGGCGUCGUCAUUCAAGGUCUCGAAGAAGUCCCCGUCCGCUCUGCCUCAGACGCUCGCGCUCUGCUCGUCCGUGGCUCGCAACGCCGCCAGAUCGCGGCGACGAAGUUCAACGACCACUCUUCGCGCUCGCAUUCCAUCUUUUCGAUCACGGUGCACACCAAGGAGUCUGGUCCAGCAGGCGAUGAUCUUCUCCGGGUUGGCAAACUCAACCUCGUCGAUCUCGCCGGAAGCGAGAACAUCGGGCGAAGCGGGGCAGCAGACAAGAGGGCGAGGGAAGCAGGAAUGAUCAAUCAGUCUCUGCUCACACUUGGUCGUGUCAUCAAUGCCCUCGUUGAGCGCGCUUCGCACGUGCCGUACCGUGAGAGUAAACUUACUCGGCUAUUGCAAGACUCGCUGGGAGGACGGACCAAGACGUGCAUUGUUGCAACUGUCUCGCCCGCCCGGUGUUGUGCCGAGGAGACGCUCAGUACGCUCGACUAUGCAUUACGCGCGAAGAGUAUACGGAACAAGCCCGAACUCAAUGCUCGGCUUGCGCGUAAUGCUCUCCUUCGCGAGUACGUCGGCGAGAUCGAGCGCCUUAAGGCGGACUUGCUUGCAGCGCGAGAAAAGAACGGCAUCUUCUUUGCUGAAGAGACCUGGGCGACGAUGUCAGGCGAGCACGAACGCGCCAAAGCAGAAGCUGCCGAAGCUCGUGCACUCGUUACUGGGCUUGAAGGACAGCUCAAAGCCACUCGUGAAGAGUUCGAGGAGAGCAUGGCCUUGCUGACGAGGAGAGAUGGCGAGUUGAAAGAGACGAAGGAGAAGCUCGAAACUACGGUGGGGACAUUGGAGGUUAAGGAGAGGGAGCUGGGGAAGACGAAGGAGAAGCUUGAGGACGAGGUCGUCGUCAGACGGGCGUACCAGGAGAACGAGGCUAUCUUGGAUGAGGUCGCGAGAGGGCUGAAGAAGACCGUCCAUGAAAGCGUCGCGGAAGUCGAGGCGCUACACGCUAAGCUUGCGCGCAAGACCUCCGUUCUUGGUGCAAACGCGACCACCGUCCUCUCCAACUCUCGCACAAUCUCAACGCACAGCUCCAAACUCACCACCGACCUGGACCUGCACACCAAGAACCUCUCAUCCGCCCUACUCGGACUUCGUAACGCCGCCGAGGCGCACCAGGCUUCUUCGCUCGAAAGCCUGGAAGCUGCCGGUGGCAAGCUCAGCGAACAGCUUGCCCGCAUGCAAGAUGCGCUCAACAACAUCCAGGCCCGCGAUGAUACCGGGAGCGAGGCAAUCGCUGACGCUCAGCGCGCCGUCAAGGAUGCGAUCGAGGGUUCAAGAGCGGGCUUCGCUGCUUGGAGUGAGAAGUUCAAGCUUAGCAGCAGCGCGAUGUACACCGAGAUCGAGAAGGCCUCUCUCACGGGAUACACGACUAUGGACAAGGCCAUCAAAGCGAUGUCUCUCCUCGUCGAGAACGUCGUCCGCGAAGCGCAAGAUCACAUCGCAUCAGAACGAGCCUCCCUGCUCGAAGCCAAAUCCCUCUCCGAGACGACCUCCGCAAACGAGAUAACACGUCUGCGCGAGCAGAACACAGCCUUGCUUCGCCUUGUCGAGAUGCAGAAGCGCGAAGGCGCCAAGUCAAGAGACGAGCUCGUCAAGAGCAUCGAGGCGCAGAUCAAGGGCGCCUACGCCGAUGGAGAAAGGAGACUCGCGGAGCGCGUCGCGGAUUUGACGGAGGGCAAUGAUAAGGCGCGCGAUGCGCUCGAUGCGUUCAAGGGCGAGAUGGGGGCGAAGGUGGAUGCGAGUGUCGAGAGAGGGAUGCUGUGGGCAGGCGCGUUGGAGAAGAAGUCGGGCGAGAAUAAGAGGUUGCGGGAUGGGUCUCUCAAGUCCUGCGCCUCAGUUAACAACACCCUCCGGAGCCACUUCGAGGACGUUCAGACUUCGACGACCAAGGCAAUCGCGUCCUACUCGACUGAGGUCACCAAGCAGGGCCAAGUCUUAACGGCAUCGACAAGUGAUGCCUUCGAGCGCUAUGGACGCGCGAAGAAGGCACGUCUGGAUGCGACGGGCGCUAUGGCCACCGACGUACAGAGCGGGAUGCGUACCCAGCAGCGGGCCAUUGCCGGCAUGCAGCGCUCGAUCGAGUCGCACAGCGGCAAAGUCAUCAGCGAAACGAGCAAGCUUUCCGAAGCACACCGGGCAUUCCACAGCAACGCCCAUGAGCGUCUUGCGUCCGUUUCCGCUUCCGCCUCAACCCUCCAGGCAGACGGUGCUCGUGAAGACCUACCUACGGGUCGUACACCACAACGACGGACGCACCACUUCGUCGACACCUGGGAGCUCACGCGUAGCCGUGAAGCGCUGCUUCGCGACCGCGACCGCGCACGCAGUCUGCCGCCCGCAGGUCUCAGCACAGGCGGCCUUCUCUCGAUGCCUUCUACGCCCACGGGUUCAGAUGCAGGUUUCGUGGACGAACCCGAGCACCAAAGCGACCUUGAUGUUGGCGACGAUACAGUGCGCAUGAGCCUCGCCGAGUCCGAAGCCGAAGUCGAAAGCACACCCGUGCCGCAGCGCACGCGCCGAAGCACGCGUUCGCGCCGCGCCGCGGAGCCCGAAUCCCAAUCCGAGAGCGAAGUCGAGAUGUACAACGAGCCGUCCGCGUUGAGUUCAUCUGCGUCGUCGGUGGGCGCGACGCCCCUACCACAUCCCGUACCUGCGAUCCCACAGUUCGCGGCGAAGCACGUUCGCCAGGCGUCUUACUCGAAGGACGGAACGGGAAUGAAGUCUGGGCUUCCGAAGGCGGCUCCCCGGGAACGGUUGAGGGAGAAGAGCACGAACGUGAUGGUUCGCGAGCGGGUCGUUCGUUAG